AUUCGUAAUGACGACACGUUGGUGACGAGAGUGUGUACCGUGGUCGAAAACUUUUUCCAAGAGAACAGAUUUUUUUAGGGGGGUGGUAGAGAUUUAUCACAAGUUUAUAUUUAUUUGAUCCCUGCGUAAAACAUGUCUAGUUCCGGGGACUUCGGAAAUCCACUCCGAAAGUUCAAGCUUGUGUUUUUAGGAGAGCAAAGCGUUGGAAAGACUUCGCUUAUAACAAGAUUCAUGUAUGACAGUUUUGAUAACACGUAUCAGGCAACUAUAGGCAUUGACUUCCUGUCAAAAACCAUGUACCUCGAGGAUCGCACUGUUCGACUGCAAUUGUGGGACACGGCUGGCCAGGAAAGAUUCCGCAGUUUAAUUCCCAGCUAUAUCAGGGAUUCCACGGUUGCCGUUGUGGUAUACGACAUCACCAAUUCAAACUCGUUCCACCAAACCUCCAAGUGGAUAGAUGACGUGAGGACAGAACGAGGCAACGAUGUCAUCAUCAUGCUGGUGGGAAACAAAACCGAUCUCUCGGACAAAAGACAAGUCACUACAGAGGAAGGUGAAAGAAAAGCCAAGGAACUAAAUGUGAUGUUCAUUGAAACCAGUGCAAAGUCAGGCUACAAUGUAAAACAGCUCUUCAGGCGUGUUGCGGCAGCGCUACCUGGCAUGGAAAACACAGAAAGAACAAAAGAGGACAUCGUGGACGUGGACCUGAAGGACGGCCCCAUGGAGGUGCCCAGGCAGGAAGGGGGCUGUGCCUGCUAGCACCCUGUCCCCUCUCCCCCUAUGCCCUGGCCUUUGCCUGACAGCUGCCGGCUACUGCUGACCUUGCUUCCUUUGGCACCCACCCCAAUGCUCGCUUUAUUUUUUCCCUCGUUCUGUACACCGCCAUUCCGUCCACUUGACCUCGGUAGGGUUCUGGCUUUGUACGAGCGCAAAAGCUUUGGCGUACAGCUAAGAUACGACACUGCAAGUAAUGCAAACGUGGUUUCACGCUAGGAGUAGGGACACGAUUAAUCUCGCUUCAAUAACUUGUGCACCUUUUUUUUUUUUGUGUGUGUGUGUGUGUGUGUGUAUUGUCUUACGCAUUAGAAACCUGUUUAUUUUUUUAUUUUUAUUGUACAUGAAGUAGCACAAUAGCCUCAUCAAACGUUUUGAUCUAAUAUUACGGUGGGAUACAUGCAAUCUUUCUUGCGCGCGAUUAACUUCGAGACGAGAGCUUUGUACAGCGUAGGUAGCUAGCGGAAAUGCCUUUACGCCAUGGCGCUUAGGCUGGCCUUUCUUCAGUGUUGCUGGCACGCGGGCAGGCAGGGCAGCAUGUCUUUCUUUCUUGCGUGCAUGUGUAAAUAUAUAGUGCAAUGGAUGCGCACCCAUGUUGUUGUUGUGUUGCAGAAGAUCACAUGCCGUCCCAUGUUUUCUCGUUUCCAUCUCGCAACGUGGGCGCUGAUGCCUUACUCUCACUGUUUAUCGUCCCUACUUCCAAUUGGGACUAUGUUGAGACAAACCGGGCCCUUGGUGCGGCAUAGUUUUGUGGCUUUUCACCCCCCCUUCUUUUCAAGCGACGAGAGUUUGAACUGCCUUGUACAUUUGUGAGCUUUAUUUGUAGAAGGUGAUGGUGGCUUGUACAGAUUCUUGAAAGAAAUAACACUUUAACAUCUA